AUGUCGAAGGAUUCUGAGGUUAUUGUCAUUGUUGACUCGGACGAUGAGAACAUUUGCAACGAGGAUCAUAGUAAUGAUUCUUAUGAUUCAGGCUUGAGUGUUCCUUUGAUUGUUUUUGACCCCAAAGAAGUUUUGAAUGACGACAUUCCAUUGAGCUCGAUGAGAGGGAAGCACGGCAAUGGUUCGAAGAAGUUUGAGAUCAACGAUACGAGAUUGAAAUAUGAGGGCACUGCUGUUGUUUCUAUAACGAGUCUUCUAUCAUCUUCUUUCUUGGACAUCAAUGUGGAUGCUGAGCUUGUGCAGAAUGGGAGAAUCAAGGAUGUUGUGAGGAUGCAGACCCUGCGAAUCCCUUCUGACAAUGUUGUGAGAUGCAAGGACCGAGUUUUGGAUUUUGUCCUGGAUGUGCAUGAUUCUCUUUUGACAUCAAGUGGUAUUUGUCUUGUCGAUAGAAACCGGAAGCGAAAACUUGUUUCUUCGGAUCUCAUUUUGACGCCUGACGAUCAAUUGAAGAAACUGCAGAUUGUUGUUGACGGCACAUGUGAAGGUGGUGACUAUUGGUUCAAUCCCCGAGCCAUGAGCUUUGUUUGUAGUGAUCAAUUGAAGAGGCUAUUGGAUUGGAUUGUUGAGAGCUAUUCACUUGUCUUCAAAAGCAUUGAUAACAGGAAGGAGAUUCGGUAUUUCAAGCGAGGUUACGACAUUGAUACUGCCCAAUUCAAGCUUGGAGAGCGUUUCUUCAAUCGUGCUACUACGGCUUUGGCUUUGAAUCGUAAUCCCACCACUUGUUCUUCGCCGACAUUGGAUGCUGUAUUGAAGCGUCCAAAGCUCCUUCGCAAGGAUGCACUCUCGAUGCCUACUGAUGACCCAGAGCUUGGAGGCUUUUAUUCUAUGACUGCAGCUAGACAGUGGGGUAGGAGUGGUAGAGAGACAGGGAUGACAGGGAUACAGCAUUUCGAACCCCUUGCAAGCAUCCAGCAGCAUGUUCACGAGACCCAACUCGAACAAAUACGGAGGAAACUUUUACAGGAAGAGGAUUCUGUCAAACGCUUACAGUUGCAAGUCCAAAACGCCAAGAUUGAGGCAAUGCAGAGUGCUAAAGAGACCCAGCAGCUUAGAAAGGCACUUGAACAGUCCCAGCGUGACAUCGAAGCUGUUGAAAAAAGCCUUUUGUCUGAGAGAGCCAAGUCACAGCAGGAGAUUGCAAAGUGGAAAGACAAGUUCAUGCAGACAAGGGGUGAGUUCCGUGAUUUCAGGGUCAAUGCAGCUAUGGAGAAUGAAAAGCUCGUCAAAUACCAGGUUGAAUGCGAACAGACAUCCCGACUGGAACGCGAAAGAAGCACCAUUUUGAACAAUGCAUUGAUUCAUCUUCGACUUGAGCUCCAACGUUUUCUCAUGUAUGACAAAGCAUGUCAUUAUUGUCUGAAGGCGAGUCUUUGA